AUGCUCGCGUUCAGACAACUGUGCACAAAUAAGCUUAUAUCUAACGUAUUAAAAAGUAGUGUUACUCAAAUUCAUACCCAGAACGCGCUUUUCAAACAAUCUGAUACGUUAAAGCUGGUUAUAAGUGGCCAAUCUUUACAAUUUCCCUACGUGUGGCUGAGGGAUAACUGCCAGUGCGAACAGUGUUUCCACCGAUCGGCGAAAAGCAGGACAGUUGAUUGGAGCAAAUUCUACUUAAAAGUUAAUGCAAAAGAUGUCCAGCAGGGCGAAAAUUUUGUGAAGCUUACCUGGGAUGACGGGCAUAUAUCGGAGUUUGACUUAAAGUGGCUCAAGUUCAGAAAUUUUACUGCAGAGAAUAAGAAAAUUUAUGACAGAGCCAUUUAUAAACCUGCCAAAAUUACCUGGGAAGGUAAGGAUUUCCAGAAGAUCUGUUCUAAACAUGAUUAUGAUGAGAUUUUAAACUCAAACCAGGCAUUGUAUAAUUGGUUACACAGUCUAUCAGUUUAUGGAGUAGCUUUGAUUCAAAACACACCAAAUUCUGCUACAGCUAUAGACAAAAUUGUGGAGACCAUUGGAUUUACACGGAGAACACAUUAUGGCGUCAAAUUUGUGGUGCAAAAUGUCCCUAACACCAGUAAUGUAGCAUAUCUCAACACCAAUUUACAAGUUCAUAUUGACUUGCCAUACUAUGAAUAUUGUCCAGGAGUGAACAUGUUGCACUGUUUAGAGCAAACUCAAAGUCAAGGCGGAGAGAAUAUUCUCUCUGACGCUCACUAUGUGGCUUCAUACAUUAAACAAAACCAUCCCGAACAAUUUAAGCUUCUAACAGAUGUUGAAAUUGAAUGGAGUGACAUUGGAACCGAGGAUGGUAAUGAAUUCUACAAACUACACAGAUCUCCAGUUAUUUGCUUAGAUAAACAUGGAGAAUUAAUGAGAAUUAAUUUCUCUGUGCCUCAGAGAGGGAAUUAUUUUCCAGGGCCAAUAGAACUAGUUCAACCUUGGUAUGAAGCGUGGGCCUUCUUUCUGAAUUUCAAUCAUAAGUUUUCUGCUAAAUUCAAGACGAAGGCUGGGGACAUCUUGACUUUUGAUAACAUAAGGUUGCUGCAUGGGCGGAAUGCAUAUGAAGACAGCUCAAAUAAUGUUCGGAAAUUGAUUGGUGCCUAUGUGGAUUGGGAUGAAAUAUACUCCCGGUGGAGAUGUUUAAAAGUUAAAUUGGAAAAUAUAGAUGGUGUUUGAUAUGCUGUUAUAGUUUUUAGUAAAUUUAAACACACUUAAUAACCUGUAG